GAGAAAUAAAAGUACCAAAUACAAUAGUACCAUCCCAAAUUCGAAACAUAAAUCGUGUUAUUACACUGCAGAAAUAUGCAAGUCAAAAACAACAUUUUCGACGAAUUUUUCAUGGCGGUUCCAUUGAAGAUUCUUACCUAACUUGCCAAAGGUUUUUUUAAAAAAAACAGUAUUAAGCUUCUUCGAUCAACCUAGAAAUUAAAAAAAGAAGAGAGAGAAUAGUAAAAUGGUGCUAUGGGAAAUCACAUUAGCGACGGCUUAUUUCUUGGGAUUGCGACGAACUUAUAGGCUUGCUUUGAAGAUUCAACGUCGUCUUAUUCCUAAAAAGCACCUCAAGAUUCGCCAAUUUGCUCAAAGACGAACGCGCACUGUAUUUGAUAUAGCCCUCAAAGUUCAUCGGAGUGUUCAAGAAAGGGACAUAGAAGUUGGUCGAAAUCUCGGAAACUGGAUCCUCAGAUGUCUCGACAAGAUGAAACCAUCAGCCAAUAUCCGUGGUGCCACCCACGAGUUGCCUCCAGGAAACCGCAACAAUGGCGCUAGCAUGACAAAACAGACUACAAACUAUCAGCACAAAAAUGAUAGCAAUACACAGAGGUCCAGCACGAGGAGUUUCGGAAAGGGUUCUGACAGGCAUUUAUUUUCUGCUACUAGACCUACAUGGCCUACAUCAUUUCCCUCCAUCACAAUGAUGAUGCGGCAUCCAAAGGUCGAAGGGAGUACCACAACCCAGUACAGGCAACUGUGUUUCAGCGGGCCUCAACUGUUGGCACCAAGUUAUAGAAGUUUGGGCUUUAGAGGAGUUAUUAGAGAGGAUAUUGGGCUGUGGAUGCAACGGAAAUAGUCUCCACAGGGUUUUUUUUCCUUACCAUGCUCCUGUAGUCCUGUUGAUAUUGGUGUAGCCAGUUUCGCAGUUCAGAGAAAAAAAACUAAACUUUUUAUUGCUGGUAAAUUUUUGCCGAACGAAUUGUUGUCUCAGGAAAUGUUUUAACUGUAAUUAGGAGUUUUGAGCGUUGUACUCAUUUUCCUGUAGUCUAUAAUCGUGAUGUCAAUUUUCUCUAUUGAUAUUUUAAGAUGAUGCUUUUGACAA